AUGGCGGUUACUUCUCUUGUCUUUGGAUACUGCAUGUGGAAUAAGGAUCAUGGUGGAGUUAUGGAGGUUUUUAGCUUAAGGCCUAAUUGUUACGCUGGCAAUGGUCAGAUCUUAGUGGGGUUGCAUGAAGUAGUAGAAAAGGGUUACCCUGGUAAAGACAGCUUUAUGGCUACGGGUACAGCGCCUUUUACGUCUACAAAAGAGACUACCAACUAUGCUAGGCUCUGCCGCCUCCUCGUGGAUGUUGGAUCACAGGUAUUGCGGUCCACUUUUGACAAUGUACAUCCACCAGCGACUCUACACACAGUCUUGGGAAGUACAUCUGUGCAUUACUCCACAUUACAGUCACUGUACAAAGGGAGGAAGAAAGUGCUAAAUCCCACACAAUGGGGGAAGUUGUAUCCAGCUCAUUCACCUGUUUCGUCGGAAACCUUCGAUAUCACACUUUUAACGGUGCUUCUGAGAAAUAUCUGUGGCCUGAGCCCUCCUGCCACGGGAUGGGAUCAUCUUCCCCCAGCUACAAACAGAAGCAUCGCAGAUGACAUCGCUAGAGUGAAGUAUUACAGGAACGCUAUAUACGGCCAUGCCUCUCAGGCUGCUGUGGAUGACGUUAGCUUCAGUGCUUACUGGCUGGAAAUACGAGAGGCACUGGUGCGGCUGGGUGGGGCUCAUUUUCGAGCAGAUAUCGACAUUCUUGAACACGAUUGCAUGGAUCCGGAUAUCGAAGAGCAUUAUCGCCAGCUGAUGAAACAAUGGAAGAAAGAUGACGAUAGCAUCAAGGACAAACUUGAAGAGAUUGAAGUGUCGCUGGAAAAGGUGAGAACCAUUGUGGAGAGAAACUUCAGAGACACGAUUGAGAAGAUAAAGAAUGAAAUGAAAACAAUCGAGAAGAUAGAGUUUGAAAUGAAAGAGAUAAAAGAAAAGCUUGGUAGUCUGACGGCCUCAGAGGAAAAAAACACCGAUCAAGAAACCACGGGAGGAUCCCUUGAAAAAAUUGCAAAGAUGGACAGUGAACUGAAAGAGGUGAAGGAAAAGCUUUGUACUUUGACAGCCCCAAUGGGAGAAAGCAAGGAUGAAGAUCCUACAGGAAAAAUCAAAGUUUCGAUGAAGGAAACACUUAUGAGAAUAGAGAACGAAAUAAAAGAGAUGAAGGAAAAGUUGGAUUUCCUGAUGGCUUCAGGAGAAGAAGGCAGGGAUCGAGGAACUUUCGAUCCAGUUGAAGUUAUCAACGGAAUUUGCCAGCUCUACAAGACUCGCGAGGGAUGGCUUUCACCGUUUCCAUGGUGUGAAGAGUUUCAGUUUUUUCUUGGCAAUAUUUUUACAAGGCUCAAAGUGGUCAGAAGAAAGAAAACGAGAGGAGAAGUCACCGACAUGUUUGUUGACAUGUCGUCUAUACUGGACCCAAAUGAGCAGUGUUCAGCGCCGAGAACAGUGUUGAUUGAAGGGGAUCCCGGUAUGGGAAAAACCACCUACUGCAAAAAGUACGUCUACGACUGGGCCACAAGGAAGCAGGAACCUCAGCGAUGCUGCCUAACAACAUUCAAAGCAGUGUUGUUGCUGAAAUGUCGAGAUAUCCAUUCUGAUGUUUGGGAGGCCAUUAAAGAUCAGCUUCUGCCCCGAGAUAUCGAUGAAAAAGUCAAACAACAGUUCUUUCAGUUUAUCCAUGAAAAUCAGUCCAGCACUUUGUUGAUACUAGAUGGAUUGGAUGAGUUGUCUUCCGGAAAGUUGCCAAUGUUUUCGGAAUUAAUUGAAGGAAGGGUACUUCCCAACUGCCGCAUAGUUGCAACAGCGAGACACGAAGUUGGAAAAAAGGUGAGAAAAAACUGUGACACGCUGCUCGAGAUCGAAGGAUUCACUGAGGAACAUGUUGACAAUUUUGUCAUCAAAUACUUUAAAGAUAGGCUGGGUUUAGCCACGAAGCUCUUGGAACGGACGAGGCGCGAUAAAAACCUGAGAGAAAUGGCAGCCAAUCCUCUAAACACAGCACUUCUUUGCCUUUUAUGCGAAGAGUUUGAUGGUACACUCCCUGAAAACAAAGCUCAGCUGUACUUGGAUAUGGUUGAAUGUGUUUUGAAAAGAUAUGAAGAAAAGAGAGGACAAUCAAAAGUGAAUGCUGAUCUGACAAACCUUUACAAACCGCAAUUGAAUCGCCUCGGGCUGGUAGCUUUGAAGGGUUUACUGAACGACAGAUUGGAUUUUGAUGAAAGCGAAUUGGGAAACCAUGCAAAAGACUUGACUGCAUUUGGAUUUCUCUCAAUGCAGCCUGGUGGCAGCAAAUUGAAACCAAAAGUGCAUUAUGCUUUCCUUCAUAAAAGUUUUCAAGAAUGCUUUGCAGCAUUCUUUAUUUGUUCUCAGAUCCAAAGUGAGGAAAUCACACCUGAAGAACUAGUUUCCGACGAAAGGUAUUUCGGUAAACUUAAACAAGUACUUUUGUUUUUAUGCGGAAUUUUAGCCUUGCAAUGCGAUGAACACGUUGUGGCUCUUGUGAACAGUUUAACAAACCAAGUCAACAAAUAUGAAGGCAACGGUGCAACCGUUAUAUUAGAGGUAAUUAGCGAAAGUAAAAGAGAAAGAGAUUUUUCCUCACAGUUAGCAAAAUGUUUUGGAUCUGGUUUGAACCUGACCAAUUUAGAUUUGUCGGGGAAUUCUUUUGCUCUUGCCGGUGCUACAUCAAUUGCUGAGGCAAUCAAAGUCAACAAGACUCUGACCAAUUUGGAUUUGUCUGCGAACGAAAUUAGUGAUACCGGUGCUACAUCAAUUGCUGAGGCAAUCAAAGUCAACAAGACACUGACCAACUUGAAUUUGUCUAAGAAUUUUAUUGGUGUUGUUGGUGCUACAUCUAUUGCUGAGGCAGUCGAAGUCAAUAAGACUCUGACCAAUUUGAAUUUAUGUGGUAAUUUUAUUGUUGAUGCCGGUGCCACAUCUAUUGCUAAGGUUUCAAAUGCAAGAAGAGUCUUGCCAAUUUGGAUUUGUUUUGGAAUAUUAAUUUUAUUGCUGUUGCCGGUGCUACAUCUAUUGCUGAGGCAAUCAAAGUCAACAAGACUCCUACCGAUUUAGAUUUGUCUUGGAAUUUUAUUGGUGCUGCCGGUGCUACAUUUAUUGCUGAGGCAAUCAAAGUCAACAAGACACUGACCAACUUGAAUUUGUCUAAGAAUUUUAUUGGUGUCGUUGGUGCUACAUCUAUUGCUGAGGCAGUCGAAGUCAAUAAGACUCUGACCAAUUUGAAUUUAUGUGGUAAUUUUAUUGUUGAUGCCGGUGCCACAUCUAUUGCUAAGGUUUCAAAUGCAAGAAGAGUCUUGCCAAUUUGGAUUUGUUUUGGAAUAUUAAUUUUAUUGCUGUUGCCGGUGCUACAUCUAUUGCUGAGGCAAUCAAAGUCAACAAGACUCCUACCAAUUUGGAUUUGUCGUGGAAUUUUAUUUUUCUUGCCAGCGCUACAUGAUCAUGAGGGGGGCAUUGGGGCCUCUUGGAAACCGCAAAACCGGAGAAAAAAACCUCCAAAACCGAAAAACCGACGAAAAAAGGCAGCAAAACCGAAUACCGCACGCAAACCUGACAAAUCCGCUACGCUUUCACCUUUAAAGGGGUCAAAAAGGAAAAAACUGAAAACCGCAUCAGAGUUUACGUGAAAACCGAAAACCGUGACCAAAAGGGAAAUGUCUCAUCCAUUAGCAAGUCGAAAGAUUUGAAGUAUAUUUUAAACUUAUAGCGACCACAUGACCUGAACGGCAAGGUGCGAUGUUUUCGGAAUAAAUUAUUACUCAUACUUUCCACGGGUAGGGACGGGUUAACAAUACAGUUAUAAUCAAACUUCGAUCUCUGCUAGCGGUCAUUCCUUUGCUAAUGGCAUGGAAUAAUGACCGUUACCGCUUGUCUGGUAUGAAUUUUACGAAAUGGAUCAAAAGCUUGGUUUCAUUUCUUGUUUAAACAACUAGUGCUUUACGAUUAAUGAACUAAUCAAAUUUGUAAAAGAUAUAUUUUUUUUUUAACGGGUUAGCAGAAAGCACUUUUAUCUAGCUGUCCAACAUUACUCUAAUUUGGAUCAUGACCGAAACAUAAUCAAACCUUCUUACAAAGCAUCUCUCCUUAUGAGAUAGCUGUUAACGCGAUGUCACUUAUAAAGUUGCCAGAUGAUGAAGAAAAAAACAAAAACAAAACACAAACAUCCUAUUGAAUGACUGAUGAAAACGGAAAAGCGUAGUCACAACGCAAUGGUUAUAGCGAAAACGAAAGAGCAAAAAUAUUCUUAAUCAGUCAUAGUCAUUUCUCUUCCCACAAAGACAUAACAAUGAGAUAAUAAUUAAUAAUAAUAAUAAUUGAUCAAUUUAUAGAUAGGGAGGGAGGAAGGAGGGGAGGGCAGGGAGAGGAAAUCGACUGCUUUCUAUCCGUUGAACUGAGUGUAAUUUAAUCGAAAAUGGUAUUGAUUCGCUGAAUUAACAUGCUCUCGAGCUCCUAAGAGAUAGCCGCUGCACUCACGGACGGCUGGAGCCGAAGUGUGUAAUUAAGUGUUAUUUGCUUCCUCACCUCGAAAUUUGUGUUAGAAAGUAAAAGUUAAGCAGAAAUCUGUGUUCGCAGGUUUCGAAAUAGCAACAGCUAAAAGAAAUUGGACGAUGAAAUAGAUCAUAGUUAAUAGAGGGGUCUGGGGGUCUUGUUCUUCAACCUUGACGGAUUAUAUUGAUCGAAUUCAUUUAAGAGCUAUUAGAAUUAUUUACAACCUACCCCAUAGCAUCCACAGUGAUGACAUCAUGAAUUCUCCACACUGAAACUCUAUUGUUUCAUUUUACAUCAGGAGACUUUUAGUUAUUACGUACAAUAUCUAUCAUGGAAAUAGCAUCGAGCCUCUAAAUGACUUAAUAGUGAAAUCCGAGACUCCUUAUGACUUAAGAAAAUCCCUAAAAGUUAAGGUUCAUAGACCAAGAACAGAAAUGGGAAGAUCUUCGUUUAAGCACAGAGCUGCACUAUCCUGGAACCUCCUUCCCGAAGACAUGAAGAACAGUUCAAACUUAACUUCUUUCAAGAGAAAACUAAGGGAAAAUAAGAGAAUUCUGAAAUCUAUCAGUUUUGCUAAAGCUUCCUGCAGCGUUUCCAACAAAUCUGUUGACUUUAAAUACUUUUAACAUUUACUCCGUAUUGUUAUUAAUAUUUAUUUCUUUCAAUUGUCAUUAUUUACAUACCCAUUUUCGGUCUAUUCACUAAUUAGGUAUUUAUUAAUUGAUAGUUUAAUUGAUGCAGGUCCACAUCAGGACGUAAUGUCUUGCCUAUCCCUCAACCUGCCUUAUUAAAUAAACUAUGAUGAUGAUGAUGAUGAUGACGUACUGACAGUGGAGUCUGAUGUAAACAGAUCCCAGAGACAUAAAAUGUAGACAAUAAUACUCACACAUCUCGAAUUCUUCGGGUGAAAAAUGCUUCUCGCAAGUGUAGACUCGAUCGUUCUUGAUUUGCUCCCUAAAAUUGGAGUCAAUUACCCGAGUUUUCUUGAGUUUUCCGAGCCAAGAUUCGCGCCUUUCGCGAUGUUUCGUGUCGUCUGCUUUUGGCAGUUUCCAAAAUCCAAUUCCUUUGGUCCGCCUCCACGAUCCACAGCCAAAGACCGCACAGUUUCGGCCUGGCAUGGUAUAUUAUAAAACUAUAUAGUUAAAACUCCAAUAAUUAUCUCCAUGUAAUCAAAAAUCUACGUAAAGUAAUACUUCUUGUCAAUGUCUUCCCCAUGCGCUCUCUAUUCAGCUGGUUGACUGUGCACUCUCGUGGUGACGUCAUAGGGCCAAAACGAAAACAAAGAGAUACUCCUUUGAUGUUCGCCGGGUCUCCUAACCAGUCCCCUCUAUUAACUAUGAAUAGAUAUAAAGAUAAAAACAGAUAAAGAAACAGACGACAAAAUCAGCUGAAAUUCAUGCAAACGCCAACUGGAAUAUAAGAAUUGCAGGUCAGUUGGAAAAAUGAAGUGUCGCUUAAAAUUCCAAGAAAAGACAUAUUGUUAGUUCACAUUUAUGUCGCAAACUGGUGGGAAAUUAUAGUUAAUUAGAACCAUUCGGUUUUGAAGUAUUAUUCAAACACGUUAUAGAAUCAGUUGGAAGUAUUCAUGAAGUUUUAGAUUUCAUUUAAGAUUUCAUUAAUUUAAAUAGUUUUAGGCUCAAUACUUAAAAUGAAUAUCAAUGAUGCAAUUCUUUCUCGAUGAGGCCUCUUUUGAGCUACAGACAAAAAUGGUCUUUCGUUUGCAAAUAUGGGCACAGUCUUCGUAAAAAUCAGCUGAAUAAGUCAGAAUAAGGCGCGGUAAAUAUCAGAUUGUUAAUAAUUUAUCCAGAGAAGAGAAUCAGACAUAGUUCCUCUACAGUAAGCAGAUACGGCUAAUUAUCAUAAAUGUGUCAGCCAUUCAGCGUGCAGUACAAACUGAUACCGAAAGCAUCUUGAAUUUAGAGCUUCUAUAUCUUCUAUUCAAGCAUACUCAGUUUAUUUCCACCAGUCUAUUUCAUGUCAAGCUUUCUCUUUCAUAAUUAAGGCUCAUUUGUUUCAAAAUUAGUCCCAUUCGCGCGUAAUUCGUGUGCGAUUUGUAUAUCAGUAAGAUCGCGUAUCGUGAAUAUUCUUUUUAACUACAAUUUAAUUUGUUUAGUGUACCGAAUUUUCCCGUCGAUACCUGCUCAAUUUGUUUUCCACGAGUGUAUAUAGUCCGUUUCAAGUUUUCUCUUUAUCCCCGGAUCGGAAAACAAGCUUUUGCAUUGGGAUGACAAAUGGCGUGGAAUCCGUCGGCCUUAACUAACAACCGUAUUGACUUUCUGACUGAAUUUGUUUUUUUUUCUCUUUGAAUAUCA